UCCUUUGCUGCAUGAGUGGGCUGCAGCAUACUGCUCACUGAUUGGCUGAACCUGUCAAACUACCGAAACCCAGAUAGGCCAAAACACAAUUUCCGCAUAUAAUCAUGGCAGACGCACCUUCAGCAACCAGUAACAAGGCUGUUACAAGUGUCUACAAUGACGUGAAGGAGUACUAUGGUAAGACACUGAAGCAGACAUCUGACCUGAAAAGCAAUGCCUGUGUUCCGUCAGCCAAGUCUGUCCCUGCGUACGUGAGAAAAGUGAUUGCUGAGAUCCACCCAGAUGUCGUUGCAAAGUACUAUGGCUGUGGUCUGGUGGUCCCUGAGUGUCUGGAGGGCUGCAAGGUGCUUGAUCUUGGCUGUGGAAGUGGACGGGAUUGCUACAUGCUCAGCCAGCUUGUGGGAGAGAAGGGACACGUCACAGGCAUCGACAUGACUGAAGAUCAGCUUGAGGUGGCCCAGAAGUACAUUGACUACCACAUGCAAAGAUUUGGUUACAAAAAGCCAAAUGUGAACUUUGUUCAUGGUUACAUUGAGGCCUUGGCAGAAGCAGGUCUAGAGGAGAAAUUCUAUGAUAUCAUCAUAUCAAACUGUGUAGUGAACCUGUCGCCAGAUAAAACCAGUGUCCUGAGGGAGGCUUACCGUGUACUGAAGGAUGGAGGGGAAUUGUACUUUAGUGAUGUUUAUAGUGAUGCUAGAAUCCCAGAAGACCUCAAGGCCAACAAAGUGUUAUGGGGUGAGUGCCUCAGUGGAGCAUUGUGGUGGGAAGACCUGAUACGACUGGCUGAAGAGGUUGGGUUCUGCAAACCCAGACUGGUUACUGCUAGUGUCAUCACUGUGGGCAACAAGGAACUAGAGAAACUUCUUGGUGACUACAAAUUUGUAUCUGCCACAUACCGGCUCUUCAAGUUACCAAAAGGUUCAAAGAAGGGGUCCUGUCUAGUCAUGUACAAUGGAGACAUUACAGGUGUGGAGGAAAGCUUCGAGUUUGAUGCCCAGUUUACCUUCAAGGUUGAUAAAGUGAUGGAGGUAGAUGAUGAUGUGGCCAACAUCUUGGGUAACUCCAGAUUUGCAGAAGAAUUCACAUUUCAGGCUCAGGGGGUGAACACUUCUGCUUCUGGAGGAUGCUGGGCCAAACCCAAGGCAAUGUCAAUGAAUCCCUUUGAACUGGUCCAGCAAUUGGGCAGUGCAAGUGUAACUCCUUCCACUGGGGGGUGCUGUGCAGGCCAGGAAUCAUGCUGCAAGUGAAUCUAAGCUAAUUUAAAAUGAGUUUUGCUUGUUAAUGAUUUGAAAAAAAAAAAAAAAAAAACAACAAAGAAAAACAAAUUAUUGCUUAUUAUAUGUAAUUUUUAAUUGAUUUUGUAAAAAAAAAAAAAAGAAGAA